AUGAAGGAAGAUUCCGCCAGUGAAGGUAAUGUGGGUGAAGAUGAAUUAUAUAGAAGCAUUGGGUCAGAAGCGGAGAUGGAUUAUACCAGCAAUGAGGAGAUACUAGUGAGAGAUUCGCGGGAAAAGAGCAAACUCACCUAUCUAAAACAGCUUGGAAGAGAGAACAGAAGAGGACUUGGCUCAGAGUGGGAUGAGGCACUGUGUUGUUCUUCUCAAGGGGGUAGAGGCUACAGUGACAGAGGUCGUGGUUGCUCAUAUCGCGUAGGUCACGGUAGCGAAAGAGCAAUUCACCUAUCUAAAACAGCUUGGAAGAGGGAACAGAAGAGAACUUGGCUCAUAGUUGGACGAGGCACUGAGUUGUUCUUCUCAGGGGGUAGAGGCUACAGUGACAGAGGUCGUGGUUGCUCAUAUCGCGUAGGUCACGGUAGCGAUUUGGGGCGACACAGUGGAGGCCAAGCUCUGAAGUGA